AUGGAUUAUUCUACCUUUUCAAGCCUUGACUUGCACCUCCACAUCCAUCACCUGCACAAGUGGCUCAAAGUCUUUUCAUCCUUGACACUGGCUAUCGUUCUUUUCAAAUUGAUCGACUUCCUCUGCCGAGUUACUUAUCGUCUGUAUCUCAGUCCCCUGCGCAAAUUCCCCGGCCCUCGGCUCGCCGCCAUCAGCAAUGUAUGGGAAAUCUACCAUUCAUUAACAAAUGACCGAUUUCGCGCUAUUCAGGAAUUGCACGAGAAGCACGGUAAUGUUGUGCGCAUCGGACCAAAUCAGCUGUCUGUAGCUUCACCUGAAGCUUUCCAUCACGUAUUCGUCACAAAAUGCAGCAGCUUUCUAAAGACAGAUUUCUAUGCGACUAUACAGCCUGGUAUAGGGCCAAAGUAUGCCGGUCUAUUCAAUUACAUCGAUCAUAAGCAAGCAAUGGCGGAGCGUCGCGAUCUACAGCCUCUGUUUUCACCGGGUAACAUUAAGCACUAUGAAGCAAAGUUCGACGAGCAACUUGAUAUCUUGAUGGAGGUCAUUAAGCAAAGAGGGAAGGUUGAUCUAUUUGGACUUUUCAAGUUCUUCAUGUUAGACGUCAUCGGAGAUCUAGCCCUUAACAAGAGCUUUGGCCAAGUAACAUCAGGCAAAGAGCAUCAAUACGUGGUUGACUUCAACAAUGCCUUUAUGCUUAUAGGACUUCAAAACACGUUUGCGCCCAUUAUACCCUUGAUACCAUAUCUACCUGUUAAGACGCUUAAAGACGCUUACUAUGGACUUCAAAGAGUGUUUUCUUAUUCUCAGGAGCGAGUAGAGGAUUAUCUCAAGCAGGAUAUGUCCAAAAAGCAAGGGUCGUUAAUGUCAGGCUACUUGGACCCGGCUACUGGGGAGCCGAAAGACGGCUACUCAGCUUGGUCUAUCGCACUUGCUGGCCACGGUUUUAUAGUCGCUGGGUCAGAAGCAACUUCCAUCACCUUGACAUAUGUCAUCUGGAUGUUGAUCAAACGUCCAGAUGUAGAUCGUCGUCUACGAAUAGAGCUGAGCGUCCUCGGCAAGAGCUACUCAAGUAUCGAUUUAGCCAGCCUCCCUUACCUGGAUGCCGUGAUCCGCGAGACUCUUCGUAUUUAUCCUCCUGCACCAGCACCAAUGCCCCGAGUCGUGCCCAAGUCGGGCUUUGAAUUCGAAGGCGUUUCCUAUCCUCCAGACACCGUCAUCUCAGCUCAGCCGUAUACCAUUCAUCGUUAUGAGGGAGUAUUCGAGGAUCCGAAUGAAUUUAGGCCCGAGCGUUGGCUCAACGUGCCUUCCGAAAAGAAGGAUAGGAUGUACCGAGCUUUUGUCCCAUUCUCAGCUGGUCAAAGAGGGUAA